GUUCUGCUGCAGUAUAUUAUUUUCAUCAGCGAGCAAUUCCAAAGCAAGAUGUCUGACGGGGUAUAUGACAGAUGUCCAACAAUGGGUGGACCAGUAUGGCACCUUAAUCACAACACAAGCGGAGAGACAGAAUUCAAUAGACCUGUCAAUGAAUGCGAACCCGGUGAAGAUGUUGCACCAACACAUGAACAUGUUGAAGUCAUCCCAUCGCUACGUGAAGUACCUCAGUCUGGCCAGGUGUGACCUCACCAGAGUGCCACCGAUAUUCCAAUUGGAGGACUUGCAUCGUAGACCGUUGUCCACGAUGGUGGAAUAUUUAACAUUCUACGGGAAUAAAUUCUUAGGGAUGAGUGCUGCUGGAGAGCAUUAUACCCUGAGCUUCAAUGCCACAGGCGCUACCAUUAUGAAUAUGGGAUCCUCGCCGCAGACUCAAGCUGAAAACAUCUGGUCAUCCGGCUUUUCAGCGGUCACCUUCACAAAACUCAGAGAGCUGGACUUAAGAGCAUGCUCAAUUCAAGUAUUAGGGCAGAACCUAUUUAAAGGCAUGAGCGAAUUAAGAUCCCUCUACAUCGGAGAGAAUGAAAUCUUCUUUAUCGACUCAACCGCAUUUACAGGGCUUACCAAAUUAGUACAUCUAGAUUUUAGCCGAAAUCAAGCCUUCGAUGAGAAUGGGAACCCGAAAAACCUGGCUACUGAAAGUUACUACGCUUUUCAGCACCUAAAUCUAAUUUCUUUAGAUUUAUCAUAUACGAAACUGACACAGAGAAACCUUGGCAUGUUAAAAAGCCUUGGAAAAAAUCUCAGAAGUCUGUCCCUAUGCGAGACAGGACUAACCAAUCUUCACGAUGACAUUUUCGUAACAACUUCGCUGCAAAUUCUGGACGUAUCAAGAAACAAUGGGAUUUUACAAGGAAACAAACCUUUGAAAGGCAUUGAAGACUCCUUAAUAAUCCUAUACGCUCAAGAAGUUGGUCUAAAUACGAUGAACAUAUUCCAAAAUUUCACCAAACUAGUAAUACUCCAACUAGCAAACAAUGAAAUAAACAAUGUCGACGACAUAGCUGUGAAAAACUUGAGACACUUAAAAGUGUUAGACCUAAACAAGAACAGGAUCAAUUCCUGGUUCAAACAAACAUAUUCAUUAAUGCCAGAACUAAGUUAUUUAUCACUAAAAGACAAUAACAUUAACUUGAUAACGGAAGAAAUGAUACAAGACCUCAUGUACGUGGAUUACUUGGCUCUAUCAGAAAACUCUUUGAUCUGCAACUGCCAUUCGAAAGACUUGUACAAAAUGGCUGCAAAAAACGAAAUGCUGUAUAAAGAAGUCUAUGUGCAUAUAACAGAGACUGGAUUGCACCACAAUGCCUAUGACCAUUACAAUGAUAUUAUAAAACACAGAAAUAAAGUGGAACUAUAUGAUUGCGAUGAUCAAUGUUAUAAAGAUAUCGGAGUGUCUGGAUCUUUGAGAUUUGUUGAUUAUUCUAAUGAGACAUACAUCUGUUUGCCCGUGGGUGAGAGCAAGCCAGUUCAGAUCGCUGAUGUGUUUAGCUGUGGACGAGCUUCAAGGGAGGAAACCUAUGACGAGGAGUUGAAGAAUGAAAGGUUGAAGCUCUUGGCUUUACUGUCUCUGCCGUGCGUGAUGAUCAUAGGUAGCAUCAUAUAUGUGUGCAGACGUCAUAUCAGAUAUUUUUACAUUACUAUGAGAAACUCUGCGAUGCUCAGCUUGAUUAAUAAGAAGGAUAUAGUCGAUGACAACACCAUCUUCAACUACGAUGUCUUCGUGUCUUACUGUAACGAGGAUCGAGGGUGGGUGCUGGACCACCUGCUGCCACACAUGGAGACUGAGUGCAGCAUCAGCGCCUGUCUUCAUGAGAGAGACUUUCUUGUGGGCCUCUCAAUCCUGGAGAACAUAGUCUCCUGUAUGGACCGCUCCAGGUCCAUCAUGCUGAUCCUCUCACAGAGGUUCCUGCUAAGCCAGUGGUGUCAAUUUGAGAUGCAUCUCGCGCAACACAGACUCCUAGAAACGCGCCGAGAAGACCUAACGCUGAUUCUUCUGGAAGACAUACCACGCCGUUUAAGACCGAACACACUUCACUACCUUAUGCUAACGAAGACCUACAUCGUUUGGCCAAAAGACGAGUCCGAAAGACCAAUGUUCUGGAAAAGGCUAAAGAAGACCUUGAUAGCCCAAAAGUCCAAACCAACAGAUAAUGUAUCUUUAGCUUAA